AUGGGAAGAGAUGAGAAGUCUUCAGCAUCAACGAAACGAAAGCUGAAGAGUGAUGGAUCGCGAAGUCGUCAUCGGGGAUCUCCAGCAACACGACCUUCCUCCGUAGACGGUCGAUCCAGUCACAGUAGAUCAUCCAAGACCUCUGAUUCCAAGACGAGCAAACAAAAGAUGCAACUAAUGGAGGCGGAUGGGACAAGGAUCUUGACACCACCGUUGGCUUCUCCUGGGGUCAUGAAUGUCUCGGGCUCUAGAUCAAGCAAAAGGAAAUCAUCCAAGUUUGACAACAGGCACAGCCGUAGUUCUGGUUCCAAACAAUCCAAGACCAAGGUCCGAUUGGCCGAAGCGAUUGGAGCGGAUAUUAUUCCACCUUCCCCUCCGUUCGGUGCGGAUGACUUGGCACCAACUGUUGAGGCGACUGCAGCACCAGAUGUUGAUGAAAUCGAAGCUGCUCGUCAACAAGGAAGAGACGAAGAACGAAAUGCAAGAGCGCCAGCAGAAACGAACAAUGUUUUCCUAGCUACCCUUGCACCAAAAGAAAACAAAGGCAGAAAGUACGCUGCGUUUCUAUUUCUUGUGAUUGCUACAGGAGUGAUAACGUGGCUGCUGGUACCAAAGGCUUCGGAAUCUUUGUCUCAAAUUCAAAUCUUUGAUCCGCCUACAGCUGAAGAUUGUUUAGCGAUCUCGGAGGGAAAGGAAACUGCAGACCAAAAUGGAACAAUAUCCAAUCAAUUUGGAGUUGAAAUGGACUUUGCUGUGACUGCUGAUAUUGAUAUUGAAUUUUUGCGAAAAGAGCUUGCGGCUAAGAUACAGCGAGAUGUUCUUCCAUUUCUAGUUGGAUGUAACAUUGCAGUUUCUGUUUCCAUUUCCAUUGAAAACAACAUUUUCGUUAUUGAGAACGCUGUACUGAAAUCGAUCUCCACUGGCGACCCUACAGUCUGCAGAAACGCUACUGUAGAAAGACUCUGCUCCUUUGUCUACAUGGAGCUUGAUGUAUUUUCGAAGGAUGAUGACGUUUUAAGUGAAGUACUCCUUGGGCAAAUAAUUGGUGUAUUUGGAGACGAAGCACUAUUGAUGUUUCUGAACUUGAUUUCUUCAGUGCAAGAGAUAUACUUCAACACGGCAUUUGAGAUUCUCCCAACAACCUUAAGCCCGUCCAAGCAAGAAGAUGUUUCUGGUGAUGGCUUGCCAUCUCAAGAGAUCUGUGAUGCAAUUAGCAAUGGUACUCAGGUCCCCGGUCAGGAAAGUCUAGUUCCCCAAGAGUACGAUAUUUUUAUGGAUGUCAUGUUGGAAUCUGAAUCUGAGCUAGUACUGAUUACCAUCGAACUGGAACAGAAGCUUCAGAGCCUGCUCAUGCCUUCACUCGCUGGUUGCGACGACAACGCACUGCGUGAUAACUUGAUCUUGAACGCUUUGGUAGAUGCUGGGGCAGGAACCAACGGGACCUGCUUGCCUGAAUCGGAGAGUCCGUGUUACCGCUAUGUGAUUCAUCUCUACAUCUACAUCGAUAGCAUCAUAUCUUCAGCUGACUUUUUGGAAGAGAUUAUGGCAAAGUUCCGCGAAAUACCGUUGGUAGAACGAUUGGGAUUAUUAUCACCCUUCAAGAGAAUUACUAUUGUUGAAAUCAUUUCCGAAGCAACUUCUACGGGUCCCUCUGUGAAUCCCACGUGGGCGCCAGUCACAUACCCCACUACUGACGACCCCACAAGAUUGCCGUUGACAGUACCAUCAUUGAGUCCAACAAGAGCAUCAUUGACCUCGACGACAACUGAAGCUCCUACGACGAGGCCAACUCCUAUUCCAAUACCGCAACCUGUGGUUGGUCCAACAUUGCAGCCCACGCCUGGCCCAACCGGCAUAGUAACACAGGGUCCUACGACGAGGCCAACUCCAAUUCCAACGCUACACCCUGUAGUUGGUCAAACAUUCGUACCAACGCCAUCACCAACGCCGCCGUCUACCGUAGCACCCUCCGACAAUCCAACAACAAAGCCAUCGGUGCCUCCUACCCUAGAGCCCAGUACAUCACAGCCAAGUGUUUCGCCAACCGCUGAGCAAUCAUCCAAGCCCUCGGUGCCACCAACAUUGCAGCCUUGUUUUGAAACCAACACUGAGCUCUCUGAUGCAGUUAGUAACUGGUUUACGUCCUCUGAAUUCAAGGCAUCGGUCGAGGCCCAAUAUGGACUAAUAGAGGACUGGUGUUUAGGCCCAGGUGUGACCAGCAUGGAAGACCUCUUCAAAGAUAAAAGCACGUUCAACGAGGACAUUUCGAAUUGGGACGUUUCUUCUGUCACGACGAUGCAAGGAAUGUUCAACAGCGCAUCAUCAUUCAACCAAGAUUUGUCGUCAUGGGACGUCUCUUCUGUCACAAACAUGAUGGCUCUGUUCCGCGCUGCGCCAUUGUUCGAUGGAGCAAUAUCAACUUGGGAUGUUUCUUUUGUUACAAACAUGAGAAACAUGUUCUGGGAUGCAUCAUCCUUCAAUCAAGACUUGUCAUCAUGGGAUGUCUCUUCUGUUAGUAUUAUGGAAAGCAUGUUCCGAGGUGCAUCCUCAUUAAAUCAAGACUUGUCAUCAUGGGAUGUAUCUUCUGUCACUCUCAUGGGUUCCGUGUUCCAAGAAGCAUCUGCAUUCAAUCAGAAUCUUUGA